AUGGCAGGUCUGGGGGAGCGGACUCCGCUGCUGGGCUCGGGCAACCACGGCGCGCGGCGGGCGUCGUCAGCAUUCGCGGGCAGGCGCGUGGCGUGCGGCGCCGUGCUGCUGACGGAGCUGCUGGAGCGCGCCGCCUUCUACGGCGUCACGGCCAACCUGGUGCUGUUCCUGAACGGCGCGCCGUUCAACUGGGAGGGCGCGCAGGCCAGCCAGGCGCUGCUGCUCUUCAUGGGCGUCACCUACCUGGUGUCGCCGUUCGGCGGCUGGCUGGCCGACGCGUUGCUCGGCAAGGCGAGCACCAUCGUGCUCAGCCUGGCGCUCUACCUGCUCGGCAUGCUGGCCUUCCCGCUCGUGGCCGCGCCCUCCACGCGCGCCGCGCUCUGCGGGCCCCUGCGUCCCGCGCGCAUCGAGAACUGCUCGGCGCCCUUCCCCAACGGCAGCGCCGCCUGCCACGACGGCCCUCCGCGCUACUGCGCGCCCGCCACUUUCGCGGGGCUCGUGAUCGUGGGCCUCGGCGUGGGCACCGUCAAGGCCAACAUCACGCCCUUUGGCGCCGACCAGGUUAAAGAUCGAGGUCCAGAAGCCACUAGAAGGUUUUUUAAUUGGUUUUAUUGGAGCAUUAACUUGGGUGCCAUUGUUUCGUUGGGAGGCGUCGCAUACAUUCAGCAGAAUGUGAGCUUCGUCAUCGGCUACGUCAUCCCCACUGUGUGCAUUGGUGUGGCUUUCGUGGUCUUCUUCUGUGGCCAGAGCUUUUUCAUCACCAAACCUCCCGACGGCAGUGCUUUCACCGACGUGUUCAAGAUACUGGCGUAUUCCUUCUGUCCACAGAAGCGGAUAGGAGAACAUCGUAGUAAUGGUCAAGGCACUGGCGUCUGUCAGCAAUCUUCUAAACACAGUCUGUUUGAUUCAUGUAAGAUGUCCCGAGGAGGGCCGUUCGCAGAGGAGAAAGUGGAAGACGUGAAAGCUCUGGUCAAGAUCGUCCCAGUUUUCUUGGCUUUGAUACCUUACUGGACGGUGUAUUUUCAGAUGCAGACAACAUAUGUUUUACAAAGUCUUCAUUUGAAGAUUCCAGCGAUUUCAAGUAUUACAACCACCCCUCAUACGUUCCCGGCAGCCUGGCUGACCAUGUUUGAUGCCGUGCUGAUCCUCCUGCUGAUCCCUCUAAAGGAUAAGCUGGUUGAUCCCGUUUUGAAAAGAAACGGCUUACUCCCGUCAUCCUUAAAAAGGAUCGCCGUUGGAAUGUUCUUUGUCAUGUGUUCUGCCUUUGCUGCAGGAAUUCUAGAAAGCAAGCGGCUGGACCUCGUGAAGGAGAAAACCAUCAACCAGACCAUCGGGAACGUUGUGUAUUAUGCGGCCGAUCUGCCGAUAUGGUGGCAGCUCCCACAGUACGUGCUGAUCGGGAUCAGCGAGAUAUUUGCAAGUAUAGCAGGUCUGGAGUUUGCGUACUCGGCUGCCCCCAAGUCCAUGCAGAGUGCCAUCAUGGGCUUGUUCUUCUUCUUCUCCGGCAUCGGGUCCUUUGUGGGCUCCGGACUCCUGGCCCUGGUAUCUGUCAAGGCCAUCGGGUGGAUGAGCAGCCACGCAGACAUUGGUAACAUUAACAGCUGCUAUUUGAACUAUUACUUUUUUCUUCUGGCUGCUGUUCAAGGAGCUACCCUCGUGCUUUUCCUUAUUGUUUCUGUGAAAUACGACCGUCAGCGCUCCAGAGCCAACGGAGUGCCCGCGGGUGGGAGGGCCUGACACUCGGGAAGUGGAAAUUCCGUUGACUGGGCUCUGUGCCGGCGGGUGAUGGCGGACACAGGUGACAGCGGAGUACGCCGAGGACAGGCUGGCUUCUUGUUGCCGGGAAAUGUCUGACUGUUUGAACUUGCAUGUUACUGAAUUAAUUUCUUCUUCUACCAAGUAAACUAGGUAAGUGCCUUGCUGUGGCUCGUCUCCUGUCACACUGCCCCGGGGGACAGGUGUAGCGGGGAAGAGGUACCCCCGGGGAGGUCAGGUGCAGGCGUUGAGUACGCUCCUUCCCAUCAUUGGAGUCCCUCAGUUGACCCUAGACUGUGCUUCCUUCCUUUGAAAAAACCCCCCAGAUUCAGGUUACAAGUCUUCAGAAACCACACACACAUUGGUUGGCGUAUCAAUUAUUUAAACAAAUUUUGCUAUUUCCUUCCCACAAACCUUAUCAUCUCUCUCUUUAAAUGAAUAAGCAUCUCCUGUUGAGGGAUGGGAGAAUGUUUUUAAGAUAAAAAUGUGCUCAGAUGCUGCAGAGAUUGUGCAUGAAGGUUACGAUCGUGCCUGCCUUCACGUGCCACAGAGCUUGCCGUCGCCAAGUUUGUUGGUUCAGGCUGGUUGCAAAUUUGUUUCAUCUGCUGCUUCAAAAAAAUAAUUAAACAGUUGGUGUUACUUUUCUUUUUAAAGUAAGAACCCGCAUCAAGACCUUGUAGCCUCUCUGAAGCUACAAACGACUUAAACGGCUUGCCAGUAUUUUAACCUUCCCUAGCCAGUUUUUUACUUUGGGUCCCAUUGAGACUAAAGACUGAUAAUGGGGAGAUGUAAGGAAAGCAUUGUUUUGCGCAGAAUUAACCAUUGUGGUUAAAAACAAUUUAGUGUUAAAUGUGAACUUGAACUGUUUGACUAGUCAUCAGCUUUUGUAUUGUUAUUUACAUGUACCUGGAAGUUCUAAUUUUGUUAAAUAAACUAUGUUCGUGGCUGUGUGUUUUGGUGUAACUGAGUGAUUAUAAAAACACCUCACGUCUGAGACCCGGUGUCUAGUUGUCUGCGUGGUGUGUCGAGCACCGCUGGUGAGCUGGCUCUUACACGUGGUGGCAGGUGGACUCGUAGCCUGUCAGACUGAAGGUCUCCCAUGUCCUGAGUCAGGUAAAAUACCUGCUUCUGACCCCAGCUCUCUGCUUCUCUGAGGUGGUGAUGCUUCACUUCCUCCCUAGUAAAGGACAGUUGUACAUUUUGUAAAACAAAAUAGAAAGGAAAGCCACCCGUCGUGUUUUUGUAAUACAAGUGUAGAAAACACAGCUCGGUCUCGCCAGGAGAGUUGAGUGGAUUGAAGGUGGAUGGCCUGUAUCGCUGGUUCUAGUUGGGCAGGGGCGUGUCUUGGGUUUAAAGUGAAGUAAAAGGGAGGGGGCUGGGGGGAGGGGCUGGCUCGCCUCACCAAUUCUGGAUGUAGCGGGGUAGACCCUUGCUGAUCGAAAGGAAAAUUCUCUCUGGAAGUUAGCUGAAGGAUUGACAAAGUGAUCAGAGUACCAGCUGAAUAUUUCAGCUGAGUUGAGAUGGGUCAUGACCCGGGUGCACGGCGGCAGUAGAGGAACUGAAUAGAUAAAUACAAACAACCAGUGUGAGGUUGUGGGAAGCGUUCUCCUGUUGAAUGUGCGUGCCCUCAAGACUUUGCUGCCUGUCUUCCACCUGGCCGGCUCUUACCGCCCUCAUAAAACAGAUGGUAGUGCACUCUGCUUGAAGAUGCGCACACCUGCUUUCUCCUCGUUGACAGUGAGUAGGGCAGAAUUCUGUUUCUCCAGCCUCGGGUGGAUUUAAAGAGGAAGUUUUCAAUCAGACGACAGGAGUUUGGUUUACAACAGCGGCACAUCAGGCCUGUCGCUGGCGUCACAGGGAGGCUGCAUCCCUGUUCUCUGCUUUUCACCUGCUGAAGGGGGCUUUGGAGCACCGUGUCACUUUACUAUCCAGAGUUUGAGGUGACCUCUGCCCUGUAAACUGAGGUAGGUGUUACACUCUGGAUCGCAUGACGACAGAGUUUCAAAACACUGAAUCAUUUCCAGAUUGCAUC